GUUUACGGAGUUAUACUGUGCUUUGCAUCAUGGCAGAUCUUGAUUUCGAUCAUGAGGAGCCACAGGAAGAUGAAGUAGAAGAUGGAGAGCUGAGCAGGUCGCCCAGUGGCAGGCCAAGAGAUGAAAUAAUAGUUAAAGUUACUGAUUGCCGGAAAGAAAUUAACGACUGGGUGUAUGAGAUGGAGGUUAGUAUUAAUGGAGAGACCCACACAAUAGAGAGACAGUAUAAAGAGAUACAAUGGCUGCACAAGAUUAUAACAAAGAACAUUGACCUUGGAGGACAUAUUGCUCCCCCUUUGCCACCCUCUCCAUCGACAAUGGCAGACCUGCCAUCAACUGCAGUUAUUGCUAAAGGUGAUGCAAUGUUUGGAGGAUUAGUUCGCAGGCACACACUCAGACUUGAAAUGUUCUUGCAAGCACUAGCUGAUCAAAAGUUUUUUGCUGAUAAUCAUAUUGUCCAUAAUUUCCUUGCUAAUAAACAAUUAGGAACUCAAGAGGCCAUUAGCUCUAAUCUGUCAAUGAUGACAAUUUCAAAAGCUUAUUCUAACUUAACUCUCAGUGUCAGUGGAAUACAAGAUCCAGAUGAAAAGUUUGAUACAUUUUAUAAAUACGUUAACGAGAUGUGUACUAAACUGGAAUCUGCUUACGAGAGAUUCUCUGAAUUUAUAUUUGCAUGGCAAAAAUUAGGCAAUUCAUACGUAUUGUGUAAAGCAGCUCUUGAAGAUGUUGGUGUCUGUGAUAAGAGACACAUCACCCUGACACAUAUUGAGAAUCAAAUGGCUGAAGGAUUAUUUGACGUUGGAGUUAAUGAGUGCCUUCUGUCACUGGAUGCUGUCCUCUCAUUAGCAGUUCCACUGUCAUUUGAGAGCAGCUACUUUGUCCAUUGUAAGGAAAUGCUGGUUAGGAGGCAAGUGGCACUCCAGGCAUUGCUUACUGCAAAUCAAUCACUGGACAAAGCUAAACCUGAGAAGAAGGACUUUAUAGAGCAGGUGAAAGUGAAAGCAGAAGGUGAAUUCCAUUCAUUGAGUCGUGUGGCAGAGAAAGGGGUUGUAGUAUUCACUAAUCAGUAUUGCAAUAAGUUGAAGAAAGGCUUGCAGUCUUAUGCUGAAGCACAUGUAGCCCAUUCCAAGAGAACAUUAGAAUCUUUGUAUCAAAUAAAAGAGAAAUUAUUAAGCCCUCCAGUUGCAGGAGAGGAGGAAUGACAGCUCUGCUGGUCUUGUUAUAAUAUUAAUGUGUGAAUAUUAAUUUGUGUGUGUGUGUAUAUAAUUUUAUUCAUAAAAGAAUUUUUUGCUGCUUUUCAAACGUC